AUGACAUCCGUUGGUUUUGAUGACAGAAGCUCAGUUUCAGGAGGAGGCCGUGACAACAGUUUUAGAUUCCCCCCUCCUCAAAUGACAUCCAAUACCGGACUCGCAACCUCUUCGACUUCACUCUCUUCUGGCCGCAAUACAGAUAUGAGUGGUUCCGAAUUGUCAGCAGUCGAAAAACUCAGAAACAAAUUUAUGACAUUUUUGUUUUUCAUACAAGACAACGAUAUCAGAGAAGGAUGGAGGGACUAUCUGUCGUUUUUCAUAUUCUAUAUCUAUUUAAUGUGGAUUUCAAUGUUCUUACCCAACUUGGGACUUGAGAUGAGAUAUGGAGAAUGGGGAUCAUGGCUCUUCACCGUUCUCAAUUAUCCAAUGACUUUCUCGAUGGAACGAUUGCCCUAUUAUGGAGCAUUGGCUCUUUCCAUCAUUGCCAUUGUUUUUCUAUUGGGAUACAUUUUGCUGAUCGUUUGGAGUAGUUAUGCUUUCAAAACGACUUCUCAAUACUUGAAUGGAACCAAACGAAUUGUGUCAUUGGCUUCCAAAGCAAUGCUCGCUCUAUCUAUUCCUUCUAUUUAUGUUAUAUCUAGCUUUAUCGAUUGUACAUUAACCACAGAACAACUCAAUACUCCAAUCUUGAAUCGAUUCUAUCAAUAUUCCAAUGUUAGCAUUGCAUGCUUUGGAUCACAGAAUAUUGCUCUCUACAUUACCUCUAUCGUUACAACGAUUCUUUUCAUGUUGUGCAGCGCUUUGGCUUGCCUCAUUGUUACCAACAGCCAUCCUCAUAACACAGUACCUUUUGUGGCUGACAAUCCACUUUUUAUUUGCGCCUUGCUUCUUUAUAAUCAAGCACAAAUUUUUAUUCACUUUGUGAUUCCAGCAGAGUAUUCAUUUGUGAGAGGUGUGAUUCACUUGGUUAGCGCUCUCGUCAUGUGUGUACUAUUGUUUAAAUCCUUACCAUUUUUGAGGAGGUUUGAAAACUCCAUCACGUUUGGUAUUCUUGCUUCAAGCUGUGCCUCCAGUAUUGGAUCAAUAGUGACCUCCAUAAUUAACAAGUCUAUUUUUGUUCAACUCCAAAUUCCAGUGAACGAAUUCGGCAUUGGUUUGAGUGGUGCGACGCUUGUGUUAAUGUUAUUGGGAUUUUUGAUGGGUACAAUAGUAUUGGAAGUGUAUACGAAAUAUAUUGUUCGAAGUGUGAGAUCUUUUAUAUUAGAGAACGGGAAAUCUGAAACGAAUGUAGAAGGAGGAGAUAUAGAGUCAACUGUCGAGCAUCAUGCUAUUGAAAAAUCAAUCGAAAAGGUUUCAUUGGCCAUUUAUAUUGAUUUUGUUAGCUCCAAAAACCUACGCAAACUGAUAUUAUUUUUAAGAUUUAGCAUGAAACCAUCAAUAUUUGAUAGAGAAUCAGUCAUCUCAAACAUUAAUAUGGCAAUCUCUUUAAUUAAGGGGUUCUCACAAAGUAACCAACUGGACACAGAAAUUUUGCUUCUCUCCUCUACCAUAAUUGCCAACUUUUUACCGCAAGAAGUUAAUGCAGUUCCAUUUGCUCAUGGACUUUUAAAAAAGGCAUGGAAAAAAAUAGAGUUGAACGCAUUAGCGACUCAAUAUUCCAAAAACUCUGUAAAUGCAAUAGAAGUGUUGUCUCAACUCUCUAAAAAUCAAGAAGAGAUGAAGUGUAUUCACAAAGCAUUUUGGAAAGAGCUUACACAAGAGACUGUUAAUCAUUCCAAAAUUGAGUCUCUCAUUCUCAGAUCCGCAAGUUUAACAAAUGAGUGUGAUCAAAAGUUCAAAAGUUUACUCUCAAUUUCUAAAAGCGAUAAGACAGUUUUGAGAUGUUUUGCAAACUAUAUAGAAGUAUUCAAAUUUAACAAAGAAUUAGCUCAGGAGCUUUAUAGUGAAGCAACAGCAUUAGAAGAAGAUGAAUCAAAAAGAAACCGAGCUCAAUACUCCAAAUUUAAGAAAAUGAAUAAUAGAGUUCUUCCAGUUCAAAGCAACCAAACAUGGAAUGAAGGCUCUGUGAACAAUGAUCUAAAUGAUUCCAAUGUUGAAUUUGAAGAUUCCAAGAUUGAUCAUACUUUUGAAGGAAUUGAAGAAGAUAGUGAGCUAAGAAAAGAAUCUGUUUUUAGAAACGUUUUAACAGUGACACACAAACACAUUUCUCUGUUGACAAUGUUUUCUGUGUUUAUUGUACUUUCUCUGGCUGUGUUGUCCUCAACGCUUGUAAUGGGAAUUAUAUUUUCUAAUUCUGUUACUGAUACUGUAUUGAAUGUUAACACAGCAUGCAAUCCCUUGACCUCAUCCAUUCAACUAGCGUCUGCAUUAAGAUCCAUACAAUCAAUGAUCUACCUUUCCAAUGUGAACGAACUGAAUGUCACUGUACUGAGAAAGUUUGGGUUCCAUUCAUUAGAGGAUUACUUGACAACAGAAAAACUUGAAAUGCAAAAACAUUUAGGUCUUAUUAAGAAAGUUACAGAGCUAGCUCAUACAGCUGAAUUUUCCAGAGACAUGUACUCCGAGUUUCAUGAAGUAUUUUAUCCAAUGUCAUUGCCUGUCGCUCCAUCAGGUAGUUCAACCUUUAAUGCUACUAAUUUGGUAAACUUGACCAUAGCAGAUAUUACAAAUGUGAUGACGAUCUAUGCCGAAGAAGUGCUCAAAUUCAACCAAGAUGAUUUAUCAAAAACGUUUGCAAGUUACCCUUUUAUGACUUUGUUCUUAAAUGCCGGUUACGUCACAUCUGCUUAUUCUCAAUUUUGUUACAAAUUUAUUGAACAAUCAAAAUCGAGCGUGAAGCAAACAUCCAAUAUUUUCAUCAUCUAUUAUUGCUUUUGCAUCGCUCUGUACUUUUUAUAUACCGUAGUGUUUGCUAUUUUCUCAAGAGUUGACCUUUCUUAUCUUAAGAAAGUUUUAAACCUUAUCGAGAAGAACGUUUCAAAGAACGAGUCGGGAAAGAUUUAUCACAAUCUUUGUAAAAGCUACACAGUGAGUGAAGAGACAAGUAUUAGCCCUCAGAAAAACUCUUUCUUUUAUCCAAGAAAUAUGGUAGUCAUGCUAACUUUCCUUGUAGCGAUUGUUGUAGCAGUAUGUGCUGGCCUUUUCCUUAACCAAACACUUGGAAACGCUCAAUACAGCUUUGAAUCAUAUGUUACAAUGAGAGAUGCAUACAUUGCUCUAGAGAAUACGGAAUAUUUAAUUUUCUAUGUCACUGAGGAUUAUACUCACACAUCAUUCAAGAAUAAGACUUUCUUUAAUUAUCCUCCACUUGUGACGAAUGAGUUUUUGGACCGUGUUCAUUCCAACAUUAGCGAUCGAGUAGCCAAGAUAAGAUUUUAUUGGAACAUGUGCAUGUAUGGCUCCAAUUACUUUCCAGAUGAAACGCUUGUGAUAGGAAUGUUUGAAACAACUGAUCGCAUGAUUCAUGGUGACGCUAAUUGUACUUUCGACAAGAUGAUCAGCGGUAAUAACUGCUCUAUUGGCAUCGAUAAUAUGGUCACUCUUUAUUUAGCAAAUAGUAUUGAACUAGCUGAACAAAUUGACAUGAGUCCAAUCGAUAGAAACAGGUUGCUGAACAAAUUUUUAGCCACUAGAUAUCUCUCACUCCGCGUUACUGAUGCUCUGCUUGAUUUUUCAGAGGUAUUCGCUCAAGGUGCUGCAAUUCCGUCGUCCACAUUUAUCACUAUCUUUUCCAUCAUUGGUUUUAUUUCACUUUUUAUUAUUUCCUUUUUAAUUUAUUUAUCCAUGAGGAAACACUUUAUUUCAGUUCAAGAAUUGCGAAUGUUGUUUAAUUAUUUACCAGUGGAGGUUAUGGAGUCGAAUGAAAAUAUCAAGAGCUAUAUUGUACAUCAUCAUUUACCAGAUAUAUUCUCGACAUCUUCAAUUUUACAAAGACGAAAAUCAUCAAGUUCUGAAGGAGACGCCAAAGUGAGAAAUAUUCUCAAUGCAUGCUAUGAUGGAACGGUCAUGUGCAAUAAUAAGGCUGAUAUUGAAAUAUUUAACCCAGCCGCACAAAAGAUGUUUGGAUACAACCAAACAGAGUCUGUUGGUAGACCACUCUAUCAAUUAUUUGACAAGAAUGAGCAGUCAAAAGUUAAAUCAUUGGUUGAAGAAAUGAUGAUUCACGCAGCACGAGGGGAGAGUAAGGGUGAAUCGAUGGAAGUUGAAUGCAUGAGAAAAAAUCAAACCACAUUCCCAUCACGGUUGAAUUUAUUUGUCACUUUACAUAACUCACAACCAAUUGUGACAUGCUUUAUUAAGGACAUCACAAGUGAAAAGAAACACAAUUCAUUGCUGGCUCAAGAGAAGAAGCACAGUGAGGAAUUAUUGUUGAAUAUUCUUCCUAGUGCUGUUGCGUGCAAGCUCAAGUCUGGAGAAACCUAUAUUGCAGAAAAGUUUAGUGAUGUUACAUGCUUCUUUAGUGAUAUGGUUGGGUUUACAAAAUUGAGUAGUGGAAUUCAACCCACCGAGUUGGUCAACAUGUUGAACGAAAUUGUGAACGGCUUUGACGAUAUUGUCGAGAAGUACAAUUUGGAGAAGAUCAAAACCAUUGGAGACUCGUAUUUCUGUGUUGGAGGAUUAUUCGGAGCAAAUGCUCAAUCCGAUCAUCCUGAACGAAUGCUUCGAUUUGCCAUUGAAACCUUCAAUGUUAUUCACAGAUAUAACUCCAAAAGUCAAAAACCAGCUCCUGAACAAAUCAAUAUCAGAAUUGGAAUUAAUACUGGAAGCGUUGUUGCAGGAGUGAUUGGAAAGAAAAAGUUUGCAUAUGAUUUGUGGGGCGACACCAUCAACGUAGCGAGUAGAAUGGAAUCUUCCUCGCUUCCAGGCAGAAUUCAAUUAUCUCGAUCGAGUUACGAACGCGUGUACGACAUUGCUGGACUUUCCUUUGAAGAACGAGUCAUUGAUGUGAAAGGAAAAGGUGAAUGCGUGGCUUAUCUAUUGGAUGAGAAGCAUCACAUCAAUCCAAUCAUUUCCACAGCACCUUCUCUGACUGACAUUUUACGGAAUAGUCUCACCGAGAAGAAUCCUAAUUUUGAUUCGAGUAUUGAGGUCUUUAAAACUGCUGCAGUUGUGGAUCAGUCAUUCUCCAAUCACGAUACAGUAAUGACUGGAGAAGAGGAAGAAAAAUUGAGAGUCAACAGUCUUGAGCAAGCUCAACAUUCAACAAACAUCAGCUCUGACACUUCCAUGACAAUUGCUGACACUAAGGUUGAACAUUAA